CGCAAUCACUCUGGAAAGUCUGUGGUGCGUUAUAUUUGUUAUUAUUGAUAAAACUAAAUUUGAAUGCAAAUUUCAGAUUUGUGUAAAUAGUUUCCUUUGACAUAAAUCUGGAGGAUUUGCUGUUUGUAAUUUUGUUUACAAAUGAUUUGCAUGGGGUUUGCUGCACCUGAACGUUGCAAUGCUCCACCUAUAAUCUGGAUGCUGUUCAGCAGGUGAGUCGGACCAACUCGGCAUCAAACAACGAUGGAUCUCGCUAAGGACCUCCCGUUGAUGGCCAACAGCAAUGACAUCAGAGUGCGUCAUUACGUCCUCGAUCUGGCCGUUCAUUUCGAGAUGCAUACAUUUUCCGGCAGUGUCACCCUCUUCCUGGAGCCUCACAAUGAUAAGAAGGAAGCCGGAGCGAGCUCGGGUGGACGGAGAAACGGACGUCUUGAAAGUAAAGCUUCGUAUGCAACAGAUUCGAAAGGAAACUUUGUGCUUAUUCUUGAUGGCUGUGAUAUCGUAGUUGAAUCUGCUCAUGAAGUGAUUGUCAACAAAACAAAGAAGGACACGGCGUCGACUCAAAGCAAUGCCAGCCGGAAAGACAGACGUCAGUCUAGUAGUAACGCGGAUGCAAGUCAGAACUCUUCUAGAAUGCACCCCGAGAAUGGGGACUACCAUGACGAAGCGGCAUGUCAGGUCGGUCAAGCGUUGCAUUUCAGCGUUGAGCCGUGGUGUGUGAAAGUUUGGAAAGACGGAGCGAGGAGUCCGGAGGAUUUUCCUUCCACUGUUUGUAUCAAGUAUAAGACAAAGCCAGAAGGAAGAUCCCUUAUGUGGGCUUACGACCAGGCUGGAAAGGAUUGUGUAUUUACACCUGGUGCCUGGAUCAACAAUCGAUCAUUGUUCCCCUGCCAAGAGCCCCCCGGAGUCUCGUCAACAUGGCUGGCUAAGAUCAGAGCACCCUCAGAGUGGGUUGUUCUGAUGAGCGGAGAUACUGAAGCAAUCGUAACACCAGAACAAAAUGGACAAUCGUUACAUCGAUAUCACAGCACCUUUAUGCCUAUGCCAUGCUCAGUCCUAGCCUUAGCCAUCGGUAAAUGGAAAUCCGUUAACAUUCCACCGUUACCUGGUCAGCCUCCAAGCAACUCGGCAGACAACUCUCAAUCAGCCACACUGCCCUCAAGACUGUUCGCCCCAGCUUCAAUCCUUCAUUUUGUGGAGGCAGAGUUUUCCCAUCACUUACCCAGAUACCAGGCAGCCUGCUUUGAGGUCCUUGGUUCACAUCCAUUUCACAGACAAGACGUUCUCGUGCUGCCAAAGUGCUUUGCUAGCCUUGGCCUCGCCAGUCCAAGCCUUGUUUUUGUAUCGCACACCUUACUGCCUGGCGACCGGAGUCUGUGUCCCAGACUCGCCCAUGAGGUCACACAUUCUUGGUUCGGAUUGUUGAUCGGUGCGCAGGAUUGGACCGAGGAGUGGCUGAGCGAGGGAUUCGCUACAUUUCUUGAAGAUCAGAUUCAUGGAAUUGUGGAGAAGCUGCCUGAGAAACAGUUCAAGGAUUGGUCCAACCUGAAGGGUCUGAUCCGCUUCAAGGUGUUGCAGCAAGAGCUAAGGAAUACAGCAGCUGACCUCCAGGUCAUGAGACCGAUGGCAGGAGUCGGUUCCUUAAACUAUGCCGGUAGUGGAAGUAGAAAGCCGGCCGUUGUGAAGAACGGCAUGAAUCAAGAGAAGUGGUUCCAACAGGUUCAUUAUCUAAAGGGCUACUUCUUUCUGCAACAUCUCUCCAACAAAGUAGGCUCAACUCACCUGCUGAGAUUUCUCCGUGCCUACGUCCUGAAGUAUCGAGGGCAGCUUGUUCUAUCCCAGCAAUUCAUCGACAUGCUGUUUGAAACUUUCCCCGAACUCUUGGAGAAUGGAAUGAGCCCAGAAGUUGUAAGCUCCGAGUGGUUAGACUGUGCAGGAAUGCCUUCUGCUCUCAGACCAGAGACAUUCUGCUGGGAUAAUAGCCUGAUACAGCAGGUUGAAUCAGAGUGCAAUAAAUGGCUGGCCGCGGACAAGGCCAUCAGACAAAGUAGCAAAGCCCAAAAGCGGAAGCACACCGGUGCCCUCCUGGCCAAACUGACCGACCCCACCAACACCAACUGGUCCAAGCUGACCCCAGACCAGCUGGUGCUCCUGCUGGAGUUGCUGAUCGAGAAGGGUCAUCGCUUGACCGGUAAGACCAUGCAGCAGUUGAAGGAAGCCUACGGACUGGUCAAGCAGAAUGCGGAAGUCAGACAUCGAUGGUGCGAGCUCGUUAUCAGACAUAGAUAUCUGGAUGGUUACGGAGAUAUCAGAAUAUUUCUUAUUGAAGAGCAGUCCAUGGGAGUUUAUCUGUACGGUGAGUUGAUUGCGACUAAAGACCCGAUACAGAGGCUGGUUGCCGAGGCCUCCCUACAAGCAGUUGAGAGUGAGAUGGAUAAAGGUUGCCUGGUCACAGUCCAGAAGAUGCUCUUUGGUGACGUCUAAGGUACAGUUUCAAAACGCUUGGAUCAUUUACAAGGGGGUUGGGCAGGCGGGUGGCUACACCUGGACCCAAUUGUGUUAAGCCUGUAGGCUCAAAAACCUGCUAAGCACAGGAAAUACUGCUAAGCACAGGAAAUACUACUAAGCACAGGAAAUACUGCUAAUAACAAAAACAAGUUACCAGCCAUCAUUUGAUUAAGUUGACAUUGUUGCGACUUGUGUCUCACUCAUUUGUUGCUUAGCAAAUAAAUUUGUUGAGCAGUAUUUUCUUCUAUUUAACAGCUUUAUGAAGUUGGGCUCUGCCCAGUAAGCAAAUAGUUUUGUAGUAAUCUAGUCAGAAACUCAACCAAUUGUAUGUUACUGGCUUCCUGCAAUAUUAACAAGCAAAUACAUUUCAAUGGAUAAGUUUGACUCUGCUAAGUUACAAACAAAUAAUCAUAUCAAUGCAACAAAUUUGUUAAGUCAUGUGUCUAUACCAUGUUUGGAUACGACCUUAGAAAUGACCUAUAUGAUCCAUGUACACUGUAGGUCAUACAUUCGACAUACCAGCUGAGCCGAGAGUUAAGCAAGUUGUCAGAUCAAUGCAACACGGUUGUAAAGUUUUGACACAAUACGACCUUAGAUAUAACCUACAGAUAUGUAGGUCGCAUACCAGCCAAGUAAUUAAUUGAUAUGACCUUCAUCAUUAUUGUCAAUGUAUGGUAAUGUGACCUUUGACCUAGACGCUAAAACCUUGGAUAUUAGCAUUGAGGAAUGACCUUGGUGAUGCAAUAUAACCUUGAGACCUUGCUAAUCUCAACAAACGACCUUUAAACUUUCUCAAGACAUAACCCUAGUAUUUUUAAUAUCAAUCAGUAUCACUUGACAUAACAUGCAAGGCAAUGACCUGACAUGAGAGUUGUACUUUUAGAUUGGGGUGAAAUAUUUAUUUAAAUUUAUGCAAAUUUCUGCUCUGGCGGACACAUACUUUGGAUGUGAGUUUGCUGAAUCACACAGUAUAGACUUCACGUUUGACGUCAUCCUGCCCCUAUCUUUUAGUGGUCAAAUGUCAUUUGACCACUAAAAGAUAGGUAAAAAGGUACAGCUUUGUACGCCCGAUGUGCAGGUUUGGCCAAUGAGCAACCUCCGUUAGACAUCCACAUGGGGGCGCUCUAAUGCAGUGGCGUUAUGCACAUUAAGGCCUUCUCUCAAUUCUCUGAGCCUGCCUUUGUUUGAUUGCACCAUGUUUUAACAAAUAACUUGAUGGUGUUGUGCCGUUUUGCGAACUCAAAUUCCUAAUAACUCUGUAAAUUGAAUCGGAAGUUGUAUGGAUAACUGAUGUCUGGUGAUAGAGAAAAUUCAUCUUCAUCUUCAUGGAAUUUGUUUCUUUAGGUGUAAUUUCACUCCAUGUUUAAACUUGUAGUGAAUCAUAUUACAUCGCUAUUUUGGGUGUUUAUUUUUAAAUUGGCAUGCGUACUUGUUGUAUAUCUGUACAUAGAAACAUGUAGCUUUUGCAGCUUUUAACCUGUUAUAUAUACAUAAUAUAGUAGACCAAUAAGAACCUAUAAAGUUAUCUGGUUUUCAGCGGGGUUUUUCCCUCAUUUUAUUAACAACAUGUAGAAAUUGGAUAGAUGUUUUGUCUUGACUGCUUUGGGUGUAAUGUGUGGUUGGUUUUGAGCCGACACCAAAUGUGUGCUAAACACUGUAUACUCAGUGCCAAGGUUUAAGCCAGGAUUUGGUCAAGUUGGGUCCGCAUUUGCUCAAAAUUUAAAAAACUGGGUGUCCAAAUUGUUCACUUACAAUACCCUUGCGUGUAAUCGCCAGAUAAAAAGAGGGUGUCAACAGACACUACUCCUCCUAACACUACAGUGCUUGCCGAAGAAGCCCUACAGAAAAGAAAAAAUUAAUAAUACAAAUAUCCACAGGCUAAUCUCCUUCUUGACUGGAGGGUGGGAGGGGGAGCACUGAGACUUGACACUUGAAGGUGAAUAACUCAAAAGUUUUGCAAAUAUCACCCAAAUUUUUAAUCCAAAUAUUUAUAAACCAUCUCUCGGAAAAAUAGUUUUGAACCUUAGGAAUGGAUGCCAUUAUUAAGUAAUAUUUCAGAUCUUUGUUUUACGAAGGAAUGACUUCAACUCUAAUGACACAUUUUAGAAAAGCUCAGAAAAACUUAACCAUUUUUGAAAGUUGAAAGCAGAUAAUGCUGUUUCUCAAACAGACCCACAAGGUUUUUUUUUCACACAAUUUUAGAACGUUUCUUUUUUACUGUAGAAAUAAUCUUAGCAAUAUUUGUAGGUUAAUCUUUAAGCAGAAGGCUAAUAUCGUAGUAUUUUGCAUUUUUUAAUAUUAUUACAAGCUGACAAAAUUUGAAAUGAACAACUUUAAUUAUUUUUAUAUGCUGUAAUAAGAAGGCACAUUUCAAAAAGUUGCUUUUAUUUAUAUAUUUUUGUUUGAAUAUUUUAGUAUUUAUUAAAAAUUCAUUUAGAGGAUUCGUACGUGCCUGAAAUGACAAAAAAAACAACUGAACAAAAAAUCCUUAUUAAUAUUCAAAAGAUAAAUGAAUUUCAAAAUAUUUUCUGUUGAUUUAAGCUCCCCAAAUCUGUCAAGCAGACUUUCUUUAACAUUGAAACAUCAAAUGUUUGCAUUGAAAGCUCAAUGUUUCGUGACGUGUCGUGGCUAAGCUGUCUUGUUCAGCAGACCCCAGCACUGAUGUUGACAACAGCAGAGUGUGGGUUCGACUCCCUGUCAUGCCACUUGUGCUCUUGAGCAAAGCACUUAAUUGCUGCAUAACUGUUUUUGUUUUUACGCCUAGUGGAUGAUACCCCAUGCCUACAUCUCUAUGGACUGUGGGGGGGGGGGCGGUAACCCUAUUUCAGCCCCAUGAGUACGUGGCAACGUGUUCCUUGUGGCAGUUGAUAUGGGUUGCCAGCCCAAAUCAGUCAAAUGUCGCCCUCGCCUUGAGGUGGCUGUCUAGCCUUGUGGUGUUAUAAUAGUAAUAAUAAUAAUGAUGGGUGGCACGGUUGGCUUGUGCGUAAAGUGCUCGCCUCUCACCAAGGUGACCCCGGUUCGAUUCCCAGUCGGGGCCAUGUGAGUUGAGGGGUGCGUUGGUUCUCUGCUGUGCCACAAGGAUUUUUCAGACUAUCCGGUUUUCCUCCCUCAAGAAAAAAAUCAA